AUGGCGCUGAAAAUAAUGCAGUCGUCAGCUCAGAAGAACCGUAACAACCAUAGCGUGAGGUUCUCCAGCGACGAACUGCCCAAGUUUAAGUCUUUGGAUUCCCCGGACAGCAUGCAUCAAUUCGCAUCACAAUCCCUCCUCAGCGUGGACAGUGGCGCGCCGAGCCCCGACUGCGUGUUCCAGCCUGCCGCUCAGAGAUACAGGCUAAAUGAACAAAGAAUCAAACUCCUGACUGCUAUCAACCAGAUAGUUCAGCAAAGAGCAGAUUUAGAAGCCAACAGAUCCACACUCUCCAGCAUGCUAGAAGAAUUGAGAAGGAAGCUCAAAAGAAGAAUAGAAGAGUGCCACUUCGAUAAGAAGGAGAAGAUGAAGGCAUUAAAACAGGCGAACCAGAAACUAGAAAGAGAAAAGUUCAGCAUAGUGAAUGAGCUGGAACAUCUCAAGCGACACCUGGAGAAAGAAGAGGCUCACCAUCUCCAGCAUGCCAGGAAUGCUGUUGCUCAGGCAAUACAAGGAGUGACGAGGAAUUCAGUGGAUCACCUGUUCGCGCCGUGUUCAGUGUCGGAAUUGCCCAACAUAGUCAGUAGAAAUGUUGCCAGGAAUGCUCCGUCAAGAAUUGCUGACAGCAAGCUGGCAGCCGCGCGUCUGAUGCGCGACAUCGCAGAGCUGAGGAACCGAGUCGCGCAGGUCGAGGCGAGACUCGCUAACGAGCUCAAGCGUAAAAGGCAGGCUGAGAUCGACAUUGUGCGACUGAGGAAGGAGCUGUCGUCCACCAAGAGCUGCGUCGCCUCCCUGCGCAUGCCAUACCGGCAGCAGUGCUCAAAGUUCGCGUAGACUACCCAGAACCCAGAGCCAUAAAUCUAGAUUUAAAUGAAAAAAAAAGUUUAUUCCAAGGAAGUAGUCUGUGUAGGAAGGAUGUUUA